ACAACAGCCAAAAAUCAGUGUGAUUACAGACGCGCAAUUUAUGCGCCGCGGUGCGCUCACAGCUUGGCUUUUCAGAUGACCUUCUAUGGAGCAGGUUUCGGUGACUGUGUGUUCACUUGGGAACACAUGCCGUGCAUCAUGGUGGACCUGGUCUUGACCUGUGCCACGAAUGGAGGAAUCAGUAGUGAGUAACUCCACAAUGAAAACCCGCUCUGUCACUGCCUUUCUUGUCGCUUCCUCCGGUGACUCUCACCCCUCCUCCUGGGCUGACGUAGAGAGGAUCCUCCGCUGCCCACGGGUGUGGGCGACGAACCGGGCGCCAGUAUAAACAGCUCCCCGUGAGUCCAUCUCGGCACUGCCUGAAGCCGCAGCACUCGUCCACCAGAGCUGAACCUCAGCAGAGAUAGCAGCAAGCAGGCACUUCCUCGCCGCGCAGGCUAACUCGCUUUCGGCUUUGGUUCGAGAUGGAGACUCGUUGUUCUGCGAAGGGCUCCAGCGCCCGCAACUUUAAGAGUGGACUUUGUCUAUGGCUAAUACUGUGGCUGCUGGUGGUGAAGCCGAGUGGGGUGGGAGCAUGUCCCAGGCUGUGUGUGUGUUACCCUACGCCCAUGACAGUCAGCUGCCAAUCCCAGAACCUCACCAUCGUGCCGGCAGGUGUGCCGUAUGACUCACAGCGUGUUUUCCUGCAGAACAAUCGCAUCAUAGAGCUUCGCGCAGACUCUUUUGGCUUCGAGACACAGGUGCUUUGGCUAUAUGGCAACAACAUCACAUGGAUCGAGGCCGGAGCAUUCAGUAACCUCAGGGUGCUGGAGGAGCUCGAUCUGGGCGAUAACCCACUGCAGCGCUUGGAAGGUGGAGCCUUCAGGGGUUUGGAGAAGCUGCAGAGCCUGCACAUGCAUCGGUGCAAGCUGGCUGCUCUCCCUCAUGACCUCUUCCACAAGCUGUACAGCCUGCAGUUCCUCUACCUGCAGGAGAAUCAGCUCCACUUUCUGCAGGAUGACCUGUUCUCAGAUCUGGUCAACCUCACCCAUCUCUUCCUGCAUGGAAACCGCAUCCGCGCCCUCUCUGAGAAUGUGUUCAGAGGCUUGGUCAACCUGGACCGCCUCCUUGUCCAUGACAACCGCAUCAGGCAGGUCAACCGUCGGGCUUUCCGUGACCUGGGCCGUCUGACCAUCCUCUACCUGUUCAACAACUCCCUGUCUGAGCUGCCAGGCCAGACUAUGAAAGACAUCCAAGGAAUCCAGUUUCUCCGCCUCAACGGUAACCCCUGGUCCUGUGGCUGUGAGGCUCGCUCCCUCUGGGAGUGGUUCCGCAAGGCUCACAUCUCCUCCUCUGAGCUCAUGUGCACCUCCCCAUCCCAACGUCGCGGCCAGGACCUCAGAUUUCUCCGGGAGUUGGACUUUGCCCUCUGCCCUCUGCCCGACCCAGGCUCUCUGGCUGGAAGCACCACGACUACCUUCAGCACCAAGACCCGUUGGUGGUUCUCCAAGCACAAGCCCGCAUCUUCAUCCAAGGCAGCGUACCAGAAGAGCACAGAGACAGUGAAGGCUUUCCCCUUCUCUGCUGUCAAGCCUCAAUACCUCCCCAAAUCUCCAUCUGAAACCCUCUCCUCCAAGUAUGAACUGUCGGAGCAUGAAGUGGCACUCCCCAAGCUGGACCAAGAAGAAUACUGGGCCAACUACGGCAAUGAAGAUUCCUCCAUUCGCUGCUUUGAGCUGGAGUGCCCCCCAGAUGACAACCCAGCUUUCCCCUCAUCCUCCUCCUUACCCAACACCCUAUCUCUCCUCCAUUUCCUCUCCCUCUCCAUGCUCACAUUCUCCCUCCACUUUCUUUUUGGCUGAACUCUUCUCUCCUCUACACCCUCUUUUCUCCUCCAAUUUCCUCCCCCUGCUCUUUCUAACAAAACCUGGAUCUUGAUUCUUUCAGUUACCUCUUUGGCUUGCAGGGGGGUGCUACACUGACACAGGAGACAGGCAAUACAGCAGGGAGCUGUUUUGAAGAGCAAAUAUCAGUUGAGUUGGGCAGGACAGGAUUUCAGUUUUGAAGUAGCUGCUGCUUAAUAGUACAGGCUUUAAAAAGCACAUAAUGAAAUGAUUAAGACCCAACUUACAAACAGCAGGCGGUGUCUCAAGAUGUUUUUUGAUAUCACAGCUGUAAACAACGCAGGCGUUGUGACGCGUCUACAGCUACUUAAUCCGUCAUUAACGUAUUUCUUUCAUCACGAAUACAAGUGCUGAUUAAUGACCGGCUACUUGGCACUACCAGUAGUUGAUGAAAGAUGUGGAUUAGCACAAGCUGUGAGAGGCUUGGGAUGAACAAAAAGGAAAAUAUCAGGAGAAAUGGAAAGAAAAUGUGAGCAGAACGAGCUUUAGAUAUUCAUCUAAACGUAGAGAAGGUUGAGAGGAUUAUUAGAUCUGCUGCCAAGAGCGGCUCUCCUCCCUCCUUCACAUUCAAAAUCCCAUGUGAUCCCAGAGAUGCCAGCAAACCACCACCUACACUUGUACAUACCACACAUCAUCACUGUACAUAGACUCAUAGCAAAACUGCUCUAUAUUUUAGACUAGCUUUUACUUUUCAUUUUACCACCAUUUAGUAAACAACAGCUUACGGUGAUAGAAGAGAUGCUUAGAUUGUGAAUAGAAGGCAACCAAAAGAAAUGUGGAAAUUCCUUUUUGCCCUUCAUGUUUACCUGUCUUGUCCCUUCCUUUCUCAGACAACCAAAACAUUUAAAAGUCUGAUGAGACUCAACACAUCAGAGCUCACUUUUAACAUAAGCAGAGCAUCCAUUUCUUUAUCUCUCUCUUAAAAAAAAAAAUAUCAGAUUUUUGUGUGUGUGAUUUCAUUUUUGUUGUGUCAGUGGGACUGGGCCAUUGUAGACUUUAACCAAAGUACUGAGAAGACCACUUUGAUUUGGUCUCUUCUUAAAAUGAGUGCCUGCGUGUAUGUGUCCGUUUUCCUUUUAAACGUACAGCAUCUGUCUGUCCCGUUGGUCUGAAUGUCCGAACACCAGGGCUAAAUCCUGCUCUGCUCUUUGUGUAGUCUGAAGCCUCAGUUCUCCUGUUUCUUUUCACUUGGACGUGCAGUUUGUUUUUAUCAGUGUGGCUGUGCGUGUUUGUAUGAGGAUGCACGAAUUCCUUUAUUGACCGAAAGUUGAAAAAGUCCUUUAUGCACAUCUCAAUGACCCAGAACUGUUUCAAAAAGCUUUAUAGUCUCAGAAAUGCACAGAAUGUGUGUGUCAUUUUUAAAACUGUUUUCUGAACUGUUCAUCUGAUUUCAGUGAUGUAUAUCCCUGUUUUAUGGUAUUACUGACCACAGACAAUCAAAAAGCUAUACUUAAUUAGAGAACCUUUCUAACUCCAGUGCGUGUUUUUGGAAAACGGGAUGAGUAUUUGCUCAGCAAUCUGUUCAACACAAUGCCAACCCGACCUGUUUGUGAUUUGAAUUAUUCAUGAAGGCCAUAUGGUCCUUGUCAACCCCAUUUGUUAAUAACUCCAUAGUGUACCAGUCAGCUCAAACCCUGACUGUGACUUUCUGCAUAGACAAUGAUGAAGAUGCUGUGGUGCUGUUAGAUUCUGUAUUUUUCAGUGAAAAAACUUGUUCAGAAAGUGUAUGCUUUGUUAAAAAAUAAAGAAAUAAUCAA